GUGCUGAAUGUUGCGGAGAAAAAGUAAAACUAAAGUAUCGAUCCGAUUCCAAUACCAACGCUGGUAUCGACAAUAUCGAUAUUUGGAUCGAUCCGCUCACCCCUACUGCAUAGUACUAGAAGUUACCGAUUUUUCCUUUAGGGACUUUUAUCUAUAAUAACAAACGUAACAUCCGGUCGUGAACGCUUACCGAUUUGAAAGAGAACGAGGUGCUUCAUGUGUUAAUGAAUCUGAAAAGUGGACUCUUUAAGAACAACAUGAAAAAGCUGGUUAAUGUGCUGCGUUUGCCCAAAGGACCUGACCCCAACAGCCGUGGAUUUGACCCGACCUCACCUCGGUACAUUGCUCUAUGCCCAUCAACUAUACCUGCAUCAACAGUGCACAGUGCGGAUGAUGUAAACAUAGAGGAGGAGCAGCGUUUACGCUCAGAUCUGCGAGAGCGCUUUCUCAGAAGUCUUAUAGCGAUGACGGACAAACAAGUACACUUCAAAAUGUACGAGAAGGUUGAGGUGCAAGCAAAGUUCGGUGCUUCUGACAUCGACAUUUUAAACUUUCAGGUGUCUGAUCUGCAAACACCGCUGGGAGUGCAGAAAGAGGCCUUGCUUCGAUGUCAGGACAUCAUUUCAUACUCGUUUGACUUGUAAAUGUAGGUGUGGUAAAGAUAUAAUUUCAGAAUAAAUAUAAAUUUGCUUACUGCCUGUUGUUGUGUCAGGUUUAAAUAAAAGCAAAAAGGUGGAAUGAAAUGAAAGGUUCACUUACAGCUAUUGGCCACAAGAGGGUGGUAGAACUGUGGGGUUUUAAACGGACGCUUGUCGUUUUUAAAGGACUCAGGUCAGGUCUCAGCUCUAUCAGGCCAAUGUCUGAUUAUAAAGCUCAGAUUAAACUGUGACUUUCUUGUUUUUAAAACGUUUCUAACAACCAGUCUGCCACCUGUCUGCUUUAUUAAACCCACAUUGUGUGAA